UAUUUAUUCUUUGACGAGUGACGACUGGCGACUGGUGGUGAUUGGAGUGAGGAGAAGAGUGUUUGCCGUGUUUGAGGGUUGAGUUUCGUACUUGCGUGGUUAUCGAAAUUAGUACUAUUACCAUUUAAUAUUUAUCAGUUACUAGUUGCGUCCUAUUUUUCACAUUAACAAAUUGACGGUUAUUAUUCAGCGUUAAGAAAUAAGAGAAUAAGACGUAAAGUGUAGUUUACACUACACUGGGGCGUAUAGGUUUAAAUUCCGAAAUUUAUUCUUACUGUGAAGUGUAAACUGCGUUAUAAUAACUAGAGUUAUCUAGUGACUCGGAACUCUUCUAAUUUGUCAAAAGCAAAAAGGUUAGCGAAAAUUCAUCAUUAUGAGCAAGCGCAGAGCAGGUAAUGAACUAACCAAAGACAAUUGGGAUGAGGAAGAAGAAAAAGUAGACCCAGGAAUAUUUAAGGUUGCAGACGAAUCUGUAUUAAAAAACCGAGUUCUGAAAAGAGCAAAAAGAACAUUACAAAGAGACGAAUCUGGUGAACUAAAACCAAUAUUUUCUGGAUUUUCGGGAUUCAACAAUCUAACCAGUAAUCUAAAUUCCAAACAAGCAUUUUCUUUUUUGUCAAAAUCAAAUGACACACCGAGUGAGAGUGGAAAUCAUCCAUCUGCAUCAACGAUUAAUUCAUUGACCACAUCUAGUAGCUUAACAGUUUCAGAAAGUAACAGUUCCAAAAGUUCAACUCCGCCAAAUGUAAAUCAUAUUAUGGUGAUGAAACUUAACGAGGCAUUUGUUAAAUUUAUUACAAAUGCUGUGCAGAAAAAUCCACAUUGUGUGCUAACUCCUACAUUGAAAGACUAUGAAAAAAAAAUUAACAGAUUUAUUGAUAUUUCUAGUUGCAAAACAGUUACUCCUGAUUCUUCAACAGGUCCUACUGAAGGAUCUCCUCAAAUAUCAGUAAUGGAAAGUAAAAUAACACGUACAAAGAACUCUGAUGAAGUAAAAAAUAAUUCUGUCAAUGUCCAGGGAAGUGAAGCUAGUUUUACAAAUCCAACUGGCAAUAAUUCUAACAAUGAACAAUUGCUUAGUUAUGGUAAUAAAAGCCAAGACACUAAUGCCAAAGAAUCAAGUUCAAAUAUCUUGAAACUUGAUAAUAAGAAGGUCACAGAACAUACAGAAAAAAAAGAUGUUGAAACAAAAUUACAACCAUCUUCUUCAGAAAAAUCGAAGAAUUCACUGACAACACACAAGUUGGGCGAUUUCAAAUUUGACAAACAGUCAUUGUCAUUUUGUUUUACUGGCAAAUCUCCUGACUUUAAAUUUAGGGAUAAAAAGGCGGUAGCCGCAGAAAAACCUAUUGUAUGCAAGACAUUAAACACAAAGCCUCCAUUUAAUUUCGGAAGUACCCUACCGUCAUUUUCAUUUAAACCUACAGAACAAAAUUCCAAGCCAUUCUUUAGUUUUGGAUCAAAAUCGCCUACCUUGACAGUUUCCUCUGAAAAUUUGAAGAAGGAAUCUCAAAAACCAAUAGAUGGAGAUGAGGAUCAACCACCAGUUGUAAAUUUUACACCUAUUAAAGAGAGCGAUGCAGUUUUUGAGUCUAAAAGUAAACUAUUUUGUUUUAAAAAUGGUAAAUAUGAAGAACUCGGGGUUGGUCAAUUGUAUUUAAAACCAGUAGAUGAUAAAAAAAUACAAUUGAUUAUGAGGAAUGAUAGUGCCUUGGGAACUAUUAUGGCAAAUACGUUACUGAAUGAAUCUGUUAAUUUUACUAAACGCAAUGCAAAAAAUGUUCAAUUAACAUGUGUUCUUGAUCCUACAAAAAGUACCAAACCACAAACGGUUCUAUUCAAAUUUAAGGAUUCACAAAUCACCGAUACAUUUGAAAACGAACUAAACAAAUUAAAAAAGUAGUUCGAAUUUUAAGUUUUCAGAUUAAAAAUAAUUGAUUUUCAUAUUUGUAUAAUUUAAUAUUUUUCCAGACUAUUAUAUAGAUUAUUAAGGAUACAUACAAUUGUGGGAUAAGUUAUAUUGAUUAGAGUAGGUUUCAUUCAUAUUAAAUAAACAAUAAAUAAAAUAA